UAGAUUUCAUAUUUCAACAUCUCACUAGACGCACAUUCACGACAAUUGGGAGAAGAAAUGUUCAGCUAUAAUCGUAACACCGUUCGGCAAUUGUCAUUAUUUAUAAUGAUAUUUGAUCAAACUACGUCUGCUAUGACCCCAGUCAACAGUCUAGUUACCGAGGCAGCCGCUACCCCGCAAGUUUUUGGGGAAGGCCUUUUGAAAGGAUUAAAUCAUGGAGCUGACAGCAGAUCGAUCAUGCCUCCUCCAAAAUAUCAAAUCAAGGACAUGAAAUUCAACCAACUGGGCCAUUGGGGCCUGCGUGUGCCAAUCUUCUCUUAUGGCGGCGCGUUGAGUGUAGGCUCGGUGGCCACCGGCGCUGCCGUUAAAGAGCUCUUGCAGAUUGCUUGGGAUCAUGGUUGCAAUUACUUUGACACUGCGGAGGGCUAUGCGAAUGGCAAGUCGGAGACCGAGUUGGGCAAGGCUCUCAAAGAGCUAGGUUGGGAGCGGAGCGAGUUCAUGGUGGCCACCAAGAUAUUUUUCGGCACCGGGACUUCACAGGAGCCCAAUGCGCGGGGCCUUUCGCGGAAGCAUAUCAUCGAGGGCCUCAUGGCUUCGUUGAAGCGGCUCCAACUUCGCUACGUCGAUGUGGUGCAUGCCCAUCGACCCGACCCUACCGUCCCCAUAUUCGAGACUGUCUGGGCAUUUGAUUACCUCGUCAGGAAUGGCCAUGCUUUGUACUGGGGUACCAGCGAAUGGAGCGCUCAGCAAAUACAAGAAGCUGUCACUGUCGCUGGGACAAACCUCUUGAUACCUCCAAUGGUUGAGCAACCUCAGUACUCUUUGCUUCACAGGGAACGGUUUGAAGUCGAAUACGAACCAAUCUUCAAAAAUUUGGGAUAUGGGUCGACGAUUUGGUCUCCAUUGAAGGGCGGACUCCUGACAGGAAAAUACAAUGACGGGAUCCCGGCUGGGUCGCGACUCGAGGUCAACAAAGAGUACCUCAAGCACUUGGUGGCCGGGUUGCAGACGGAAGAAGGCCGACUGGAAAUCGAGAAGGUUAAGAAAUUGACUCAGUUAGCUGAGGAUAAGCUUGGCUGCACCGUCGGACAAUUAGCCUUGGCCUGGGCUGCAAGUAAUAAGCGUGUCAGUACCGUUAUCCUCGGCGCGACAAAACCGGAACAGUUAAGAGAGAACUUUGGGGCAUUGAAAAUCAUCGAUAAAUUAACACCUGAGAUCAAGGAAGAAAUCGAAGCAAUUGUGGACAAUGCGCCUACACAUCCUUCCACUUGGGGGAGAUAAUCAAACCAGUUAUAAAAUAUUGCCAAACAUCAAUUCAAACAGCCCAAUCACAGACGGUACUUGUCAAGAUAAGAAAACAUUUGCAUAUCGGUUAUCGCCACGCUUGCUUCACCGUUUGAAAUCUUCCUGUCCAACGGUACUGUAGAUACAUUAUCCUGAGAAUGCUAUGAAGUUGUGAAUGUUUGGUUAUUCUUUCCUCAUUGAUGUAAGUAUCUGGGAAAAAGCGAGUUGGCAGUU